AUGUUCACUUCAAGUAAUUGCGACAAUCAGCUCGUCUUUCCAGCAGCUCGUUCUUUUUCUAAACACCUCAAAACCCACCAUGCCACACCAGUUCGGCCGUCUCGAGUCAAACGACUUCCCGCCCUCAUCAAGUGUCCGGGACUCGGUACCUCGUCCACUUUGCUAGAACAGCCCUCCAGCACGAAUGCUCUCGCACGUUUCCCUCUUUUUUUGGUCGUGGUCCCAGCUAACCCUUUUAUUGGGUUGUCUUAG